AUGGAGACGGUGACGGCGGGUGGGCUCAAGCAGAUCAGGAACGAGGCGGUUAAUCUGGAGAACAUCCCGUUGGCCAAUGUGUUCGUGCAUCUCAAAUGCACCGAGAAAGGUCUCACCACCGACGAGGGCAACGAGCGCGCCGCCGUCUUCGGUCCUAACAAACUUGAGGAGAAAAAAGAGAGCAGGAUACUGAAGUUUCUGGGGUUCAUGUGGAACCCGCUGUCGUGGGUGAUGGAAGUGGCCGCGAUCAUGGCGAUCGCGCUGGCGAACGGCGGCAACCGGCCGCCGGAUUGGCAGGACUUCGUCGGGAUCGUCGUGCUGCUGCUGCUCAACUCGAGCAUAUCGUACUUCGAGGAGAGCAACGCCGGCAGCGCGGCGGAGGCGCUCAUGGCGAACCUGGCUCCCAAGACGAAGGUUCUCCGCGACGGGAGGUGGGCGGAGGAGGAUGCCGCCAUCCUCGUCCCCGGCGACAUAAUCAGCAUUAAGCUCGGCGACAUCGUGCCGGCCGACGCGCGCCUCCUCCAGGGCGACCCGCUUAAGGUGGACCAGUCUGCGCUCACCGGCGAGUCGCUGCCGGUGACCAAGUGCCCCGGCGAGAGCGUCUACUCGGGGUCGACGUGCAAGCAGGGCGAGAUCAACGCCGUCGUCAUCGCCACCGGCGUGCACACCUUCUUUGGGAAGGCGGCGCACCUCGUCGAUAGCACCAACCAGGUCGGCCACUUCCAGAAGAUGCUCCGCGCCAUCGGCAACUUCUGCAUCGCCGCCAUUGCCAUCGGGAUGGUCAUCGAGGUGAUCGUCAUGUACCCCAUCCAGCACCGCCUCUACCGCGAUGGUAUCGACAACCUGCUCGUCCUCCUCAUCGGCGGCAUCCCCAUCGCAAUGCCCACCGUGCUGUCGGUCACCAUGGCGAUCGGGUCACACCGCUUGUCCGAACAGGGCGCUAUCACCAAGCGCAUGACGGCGAUCGAGGAGAUGGCCGCCAUGACCGUGCUCUGCAGCGACAAGACGGGCACCCUCACCCUGAACAAGCUCGGCGUCGACAAGGACUUCAUCGAGGUGUUCGCCGAUGGCGUCGGCAAGGAAGACGUGAUCCUCCUCGCCAGGGCGUCGCGCGUCGAGAACCAGGACGCUAUCGACACCACCAUGGUCGGCAUGCUCGACGACCCCAAGGACGCCCGCCGCGGCAUCGAGGAGGUCCACUUCCUUCCCUUCAACCCCGUCGACAAGCGCACCGCCCUCACGUACAUCAAAGUUGACGACGGCACAUGGCACCGCGUCAGCAAGGGAGCUCCCGAGCAGAUUCUGUCGCUGUGCAACUGCAUCGAUGACAUGAAGAAGAGGGCGCACGCGGUGAUCGACAAGUACGCCGACCGCGGCCUCCGGUCGCUCGCCGUCGCGAGGCAAGAGCUGCCAGAGAAGAACAAGGAGAGCCCCGGCGGGAAGUGGGAGUUCGUCGGGCUGUUGCCGCUGCUUGACCCGCCGCGGCACGACAGCGCCGAGACCAUCAAGCGUGCGCUCCACCUCGGCGUCAACGUCAAGAUGAUCACCGGUGAUCAGCUCGCCAUUGCCAAGGAGACCGGGAGGAGGCUCGGCAUGGGCGUCAACAUGUACCCCUCAUCGGCACUGCUCGGCCAUGGCAUGAACGACUCCAUCGCCCCCGUCCCCAUCGACAAGCUCAUCGAGAAGGCCGACGGCUUCGCCGGCGUCUUCCCAGGCAUGUGUUCUCAUGGCCAUGGCUGGCGGGCUUUCACUCCAUGGAGGUUCUUGGUCUGAACUUCUCGCCGCCGAUGCCCGGGGUCCUUGUAAAUUAUCUCUAGAUCAAUCAAGCUUAGCGCAUCGCCUCAAAUCUUCGACUUGCUUGAACUUUCAGCAUGGAGUUUGUUAGCUUCGCAAUGUAAGUUCAUGUUUGUCAAAACCUGUCGAUCAACUGGAACAAGACUGUCUCGGUUAAGUCUGGUCUCUUGCCUGGUUGAUCGGUGGGCUGAGUUCUAUUGUUGAUUUGAUCUAUUCUAGUUUAAAGUAGUGGUAGUUCUUGAUUAAAUCCUCGCGAGUUCUUCUGUUUAGUUUGAUAACAUGGUUUUGGUCAACUUGGUUCUG